AUGACGGGUUCGGAACUGCGAGACGACGGAGACACAUAUGAAGGCGACGACGAGGAACGUAAAGUUCUUCUUGGAGCCUUAUCCUCUUUCUACCAGUAUUCCCGGGUUGCUCAUUGGAACACCACUCAUCUGAGAAGACAGUCUUUCUACGCGCUUCCAAGAGCUCAUUGGGAACUUCUUGCUAAACCACCAUUCUCAUACCUAGAUACUCUAGACACAGUAGAUAAUGCAAUCGACAAGAAUGCAGAAAUAUCCCAUGCAAUCCUUCUUGCGGGGCUACAUUCAUUUGGAGUACCGAUGCCAGAACGAGAUCAAAUCGCAGACAAACAGAGCGAUUGGACUACUUCUGCAUCCCCGAACGAUCUGGAGAAAGCCAGGAGUACACUUAGGCAGCUCUUCCGCGAUUGGUCUGAGGAAGGUAGGCAAGAACGAGAAGCAUGCUAUGAGCCUAUUUUCAAAGCCCUGCGCAAGGAAGCUCUUGUCAAAGUUGACCAAAAGCUGCAAGUUCUAGUUCCAGGCGCAGGACUGGGUCGUCUGGUUUUUGACCUAUGCUGUGCUGGGUUUGAUUCUGAAGGAAAUGAGAUAAGUUAUCAUCAGCUCCUUGCAAGUGCGUACAUUCUCAACUCUUGUUCGAAAGCACGCAUGCAUACAUUAUACCCGUGGAUUCACUCCUUUUCGAAUCAUCAAGAUCGAGCAAGCCACUUGAGAUCGGUCCAGAUUCCUGACAUAAAUCCUGCCCAAGUAUUGGGCGAGAUACAAGGUGGUGGGGAGAUGAGCAUGAGCGCAUCAGACUUUUUGCUACUGUACGACAGUGAAGAGCAAAAAAACAGGUUCGAUGCAGUUGCUGCGGUCUUCUUUCUGGAUACUGCACCAAAUGUAAUUCGGUAUCUUGAAGUAAUCCGUAACUGCUUAAAGCCUGGAGGAGUUCUUGUCAACACAGGACCCUUACUCUGGCACUUCGAAAACAAUGCGCCUGGAAAUCAUGGAAAGGAACCGCCGAUUGGCUUUGAAACGAUGGGUAUUGCCGACCCUGGCAGCUUCGAACUCACAGAUGACGAAAUGAUCGCACUCGUGCAAAAGAUGGGGUUCGAAAUUGAGUCUAGGGAAUCAGGAAAAAGUGCAUCAUACAUCCAGGAUACCAACAGUAUGCUGCAAAAUACUUACAAGAUUAGUUCAUGGACCGCUCGGAAAAAAUGA